AUGGCUCCGUACGAAGCUCUUUACGAACAUAAGUGUAGAUCGCCUAUAGAGUUGUUCGAUAUUGGGGAAGCUACGUUAGUAGGACACGAAUUGGUACAGCUGGCAAUCGACAAAGUUAAUCCUAUACAAGAAAGGCUAUUAGCAGCUCAAAGCCGUCAGAAGUAUUAUGCGGACAAUCGAUGGCGAGACUUGGAAUUUCAGAAGUGCAUUGGCGAUCCUACCCGAGUGGUGCCUACAGAUGAUUUACAGAUGACAGAGGACUUAUUGUACGAGGAAAUUCCAGUUUCCGUUCCAGAAAGACAAAUCCGUAGGCAACGGAAUAAGGAGGUAGCCUCCGUAAAAAUACUUUAG